AUGCUGUAUUCGCUAAUAAUAACACUACUAGCAUGUCACAUCCACAACCACCUGUGCGACGGUCCAAUUAACUCACCACUAUUCAACAAAGAUCUCGACCAACAAAACGUACAGUCAGUAAACGGAGUCAAAACUGACAAUGGUGGCCAGCCACCAUUUAAAUACCCAUUCUCAUUCGCCCGGACGGCCACAUUCACCGGUGGCUGGACUCGACAGGUCACUGUCCGGGACCUUCCCAUUGCCAAAACCAUGGCUGGCGUACAGAUGAAACUGAACAAGGGCGGCGUACGGGAGUUGCAUUGGCACGUAAGCGCGGAGUGGGCCUAUAUGCUCCAGGGCACUUGCCGCAUCACUGCCGUCGACCAGAAGGGCCGGGCAUUUAUCGAUGACGUGCAUGAGGGUGAUUUGUGGGUAUUCCCCGGCGGUAUACCCCAUAGCAUACAGGGUGUGGGCGAUGACGGCUGCUUUUUCCUGUUGGUGUUUAACGAUGGUAAUUUUAACGCGUUUGACACAUUUAUGCUCACCGAUUGGGUGCGACACAUACCGGUCGAUGUGUUGGCCAAAAACUUCGGGGUCCCGGAGUCCACGUUUGGCAACAUUACCCGCGAAGAUAUGUUUAUAUUUGCCUCACAA